GUCAGUGCAUAUUUACUGGGCAACGAUGAACACUUCUAAGAAAAGGAACGAAGACAUAUGGGAAACCCAUACAUCUCCUCUUCUCUCAGUUAUUGCUUUCCCAUACAUGUAACUGUGCCUACAAAGGAGUGUUAAGCAGACACCUGACUACUGUAUGAGUCAAUUCCUUGAAAAAAAAAGAGAGAAUCGACAGCUUUAGAAAAACAUCUUGUAGUUUAGAAAUACAUAUUCCAAUUCCAACCACGACACAGUACUACGAAUAAACAAAUACACAUUGAGGGUUGUUAAAACCUGGCUUAAUUAUGGGAGCUCACAUAUGAGUCCACUGAGAGAUUCCAAUGGACAAACUAACUCAUCAACUUAUAUUGAGCAUAAUAAAGGACAAUUGCGUAACCCAAAACCAAUUGGUUAUGAGUGGAGUACCUUGCCAACGUAUACACAAGCUCCACCCCUUGCAAUCAACAAAUGCAGGAAAACAUACUUAAGCAUUAGACAUUGGAGUAUUGAACCACUGCCAGAUGCAUAUCAUCUCCCAAUGAGGACAGUAAACAUAUCAAAUAAGUGGCAAGGGCAUGAUAUUUCAUCCAAUUCAUCUGGAUUUUGUUACGAAUCAAAUGCUUGCUUCCUCUGAAUUACUUUCUCAUUUUGGGACGCCCAGAUUUAACUGUCUAAUUUCCAGAUCUUGUAAGCAAAGCAUUGAUAAUGACAGCAUCAGCAUGAAAUUUGGAUGUGCCAGUAAGACAGGUGAUAUAAGAAACGUAGAUUUUAAUUUUUACAGCAAUGAAGAUAAAUGGGAAACCCAUUGACCAACAUUUUUCUCCAUUUUCAAUUUCCCAAACAUGUAACAGCUCCUAAGUUAUUAAGCAGACACUUGACUGAUGUUUGAAUAAAACACCACAUGUUUUUUAUUCAUACAUUAUACUUAAUCAUCUACAAGAAAAGAAUUUCAAAUAACCUACAUACACAAAACGUUUAGGAUCAAAGGCCACUCCAAGUAGAACAACAAGUGAUGAUGGAAUUGAACAGAGUGUUACUUCGUGAAAAAUAGCACAGCUUUAAGGAAUAAAGAUUUAAGAUCAACCAUAAUAUCAAACAGUUGUAGUGUCCAGAUGUAGCUCAGUAAUAAUCAGUGCAUAUUUACUGGGCAAUGAUGAACACUUCUAAGAAAAGGAACGAAGACAUAUGGGAAACCCAUACAUCUCCUCUUCUCUCAGUUAUUGCUUUCCCAUACAUGUAACUGUGCCUACAAAGGAGUGUUAAGCAGACACCUGACUACUGUAUGAGUCAAUUCUUUGAGAAAGAGAUAUAAAACCUAGAGCUUACAUAUACAAUUCAAGUAGUUUAAAAAUAUAUAUAUUCCAAUUACAACCACAACAUAGUACAAUGAAUAUACAAAAACACGCUGAGGAUUGUCAAAUCUGGCUUAUAAUAGUAGCUCACAUGAGUCUAAGUGAGAGAUUCCAUAGUUAAGCACACUUGUGAAACCCAAAACUAACUGGUCAGAGUACCUUAUCAACGAAUGCUCAGAACGCCCAGAAUUUAUUGUCUAAUUUCCAGAUCUUGUAAGCAAAUCAUUGGUAGUUAUUAAAAAAAACACAACUCCAUAUAAUAAGCAAUGCUAGCAUUAUUGCUAUCAAAAAGUUGUUUUUUUAUCUAUUCAAAUCCAAUAAAACAAAUGUGUUCUUUGGAAAAAAACUUAAAAUUGAAUCCAGAAGGUGAAAGUAAUAUACGAAAUUCCAACCAAAAUAGACGGUGACAUAUACGGAAUAACUCAAAAAGAGUAAAAACCCACAAACGUAUACAAAGAAGAAGAAAAUCCUCAGAAGCACUCUCUAUAAAAGGAGCAGCACAGACAUUUCGUAUUAUAUAUGAAUUCAAAAUCAACAUUCCCAGGAAUUGGAAAUCGAAUAUUCAGCACUAGUAAAAUAAAAAUAUGAGUAGGAAGAAAAUGAUUGAGUGCUCCGUUUAUAAACAAAUUAACACUAGGUUU